UUCAAUCACUUUUCUUAGUGGGAGAGAGAUUCAAGAAACGCUUAAAUAGCUAGCACAUGUCUGUUGAUGCUAGUAAAUGUAGAUUUAUUUAUUUAAAUUUUUAUUGUAUAUAUCUGUGUUCUGAGCUCACAAAUAUAUCGCUCCCUGCCUUCCAGACCUAAUGCCUACCAUUGUGGUUCCAGUGAUGGAAGAUAAAAGAAAUUCGUUGCGGUCGGCAUGGACCUUUGAGGAGGACCGAGGUCUGAAAUGGUCCUUCCGGUCUCUUUUGUGGGUUUUGAAGCUGGCAGGUCUUCUUCAUGGAGUUAAAACAAAAGAAACGAAGAGUGACGAGGGUCACGAAAACGAGGAGAGUCCGACGACCAAAAGCAAGAGGAAAUGUUCGUUCUGGCUGGUGUAUGACAUUGUCGUGUUUUUGAUCCUUCUGGGGAAUUUCGGCAGUUCUCUGGCCACGUUUAAAAACGCAACCAGUUUGGAUGGCAUGGUCUGUAAUGAAAUUAUUACAUGUACUUGGUUCCUACAAGCGGCCUGUUACGCUCUAAAUAAUAUUAUUGGUUGUAGGAACUGGAAUGCUUUUUUCGAGAAAUGGGACGCGCUGUCUAGAAGUCUUGGUUUCAAACAUUUAAAGACACCCAGAAGAAUCUCUAUUGCAACUUGCAUUUUGUACACCUGUUGGUUGCUGGCAUCAUUUGGAUUUAUGGGGAUUGGAAUGUACUUCAUUUCAAGCUCCGGACCGCCGCCUCCACAGGAUGCAGCGUCUAUCAUUAUCAAAAUAGUCCAGAUGAUUAUUUACUACUACUUUGUUUCCGUGUGGUUUCUGUUGACAGCCAUGUUUGUCAUCGCCUGCUACAUCAUAUACAUAGCUUUCCGUCAUUUCAAGAAAAAGUUUGUCGGUACCAUAACCAGUGACGGGAAAUUCAAUGGCGACAUAGAGAACUUUCGUCUACAACACAUGAAGUUGUUGGACAUGCUGUACACGGCAGACGACAUCUUCUCCAUGUACGUGCUGGUGACGAUUGCGACGAUUAUUCCGUUGAUAAUCUUUACGCUGUACUUUGUCUUGUUUAAAACAGUGAAUACAUUUGCAUAUGCCGCCACCUGGUGGUCUGUGGGUCUUAGUUUCAUACAGAUCAUCUGUGUCUUCAUGGCGGGAGGUGUAGUCAACCACGAGGCCCAUGCUGUAUUAUCCAGUAUCUAUACCAUAGAUUUACGUAACAUGUCGCCAGGGGAAAGUGUUCAGAUGACCACCUUUUUGACACAGCUGACCAGUAAUCCUAUCGGCUUCACGGCGUUUGGUUUAUUUACAAUUGACAAACCAACCAUCAUCACCUUUGCUGGCAGUAUAGUCACCUAUGCCGUGGUGGUCAUUCAGUUUAAGCCGUCGGGUAAUACCCUAGAUCUGAUUAAUCAGGCCCUCAACUGCACCACUCCCUGAUGUGGAAGUCACAAAAAC